UUUUACACACAUGCAUGCAUGCACGGCACGUCAGCACAGCGCAGUUAAAAUUCUGGACAGGUCUCACCUGAUACUAAUAAAGAUGGGGGAAAAAUCAGAAGAUUUGAACAUUGCUACAGUAUGUGCAACGAUAAAUACAGGUCUAGAACAUUUAGGCAACCAAGAAUGUGUUGAGAAAUUGGGUUCCAGCUCCCUUUCAAGAACCGUCAAGAAAUUCAGAGGACGAAUCAUAUUUGAGCUUCCUGCACAGGACAUUAAAAAGGCUACUCAACUGAGGUCAGUGGAUAACUUGUCGGUUGUUCUCAACAAUAUUAGUGAUGUAGAUUUACACCAAGAGAAGGAACAAGUUAUUGAUGACCUAUGUAAGAAAAUCAUUGAAAGCAAUUGGAAGUUAGCCUUGGACACCUGGAGAAAUUUCACAAAGUCUGAACUCUGUCUGGACCCUCUUCCUGGAAAACUACCCUCUGCAUCCUCCAAAUACGUAGAUGCCAAGACAACACCAGAGGUUGGCAUCAAGGACAAGAAUGAUGACAGUCCUGGAGAAGUGCCUCCUAAGGAAUCAUCUUUGAGGGAAGUGCCUCUUGCUGAUACUCCAUCUGAAGCAAUAGCAUCAGAAGAAGUUCCUCAAGGAGAAUCGACAACCACUGUAAACCGUCCAACAUUCCGAGUGACUUGCACACGAACAGGAGAGAAACACAAAUUCAACUCUCGGGACGUUGCCCCAGCGGUGGGUAGUUUGAUCAAUGAGACCUUUGGAUGGCCCGUCAAGAUGAAGGACUAUGACAUUGAGGUGGUGGUCAAUAUCGUGGAGGACUCGACCAUGGUGUCCAUAAGCUUGACCAAGGAAUCCAUGCACAGAAGGAACAUUACUCACUUUGGUAUAACGACUCUCAAGUCGACUAUCGCAUACUGCAUGCUUCGAAUGGCUCAACCUCAACCAGGAGAAGUUAUCAUUGAUCCUAUGUGUGGUGUAGGUGGUAUCCCGCUUGAGGGUUUGCUAGAUUGGAAAUCUUGCCACGUCGUUGCUGGAGAUAUGAAUGAUGUGGCAGUAGAAAGAACAAAAGCUAACUUAGAUUCACUAUCUGAAAGAAGGAGAAGUGUUCGUAUAGAAAGACCUGAUAUUGACAACGAUGUUCUACAGUGGGAUGUAACCAAUCUACCUCUAAAAUCUGCCUCAGUAGAUGUUUUUGUCACAGAUUUGCCGUUUGGAAAAAGGCUUGGUAGCAGAAGGAAUAACUGGUCUCUGUAUCAUAAAUGCCUAGAAGAGAUGGCCAGAGUUUGUCGGCCUGGGACUGGCCGUGCUGUGCUCUUAACACAAGACAAGAAAUGUAUGGUUCAGACCCUGCAGCGGUGCCACCACAUAUGGCGCAAGAAACAUGUCUACUUCAUAAACCAUGGAGGACUCAAGGCCUGCAUCUAUCUUCUCCAGAGGCCAAAGGUUAAACAACGUCGGAACAAGACAGACGGACAAGAUGAAGCAGGAGAUUUAGACGAAGAGGAAGGAAUGGAUGAGAGUACAGAGCAAGAUGAUGAAAUGCAAAGUUCUUGACAAAGAAACCUGGUAACAAAUAGAACUCCAUGUUUCUUCACCAGCACAGCUUGCUCGAGUGAAGACAGCGAUGGGGGUAGAUCACCUUGACAAUAAGUUCGGUUUAAUAAAAUCAUAUCAUUCUCCCUACUAAAAUCAUAAUACUGAUUUUCUUUGUUCUUGGAUUUAAAGAACUUUCAUGCAUACAGACUUGCCUAGAUAAUUCAUUUUCUUUACUAAGCAAGAAUUGCUAACCCUUGGCAAUUUUUCAGAAAAAUCAUGUCUAAUUAGUGGGAAAAAAUAUAGAAUAUAUAACAUUUUGUGAUGUCAUAUACCAUGUACAAGUAAAACUUGGAAAUCAGCUGCUCAUUCACCCCGAAGAUGAGCUUAUAGCAUCCGUCCACAAUUUCAAUUCUGUUUGCCUUAUAUGAUAACACUAGGUGGGGAAUUAUUACAAAGCAUUAUUAUUUGCUUCUAUCUGACCGGAAUUCUUUAACAUUUCACGUGUAAUUUAAAUUCUGUUUGCUUCAUAUACUAAUAAAUUCAUGAAUCACAA